UCAUAGCGUUGUAUCCACGAGACAAUGCAUGAUGUGAUCUAAUCAAACGCACAGGUGUCGGCUAUGACACGCUUAACAUAUAUAAACCAGGUGUGAUCCAGGUGAGAUAUGAUCCAGGGUGAAGGGAUAGAUCUAUUUGCUGUGGAGCUUUUGUGAAGCAUUCAGCGUAUCUCACAAUGGCAGAUUCUGUCAUCGCUGAAAACUCGCCAAAAGUUACGGACACCAGGAGGAAAACAGUAACACUGGCAGUCAUUGUUCUGUCCAACUUCUGUGCUGUGUGCUGUAUGUCCCUCAUGGCACCCUUUUACGCAAUAGAGGCAGCUAAAAAGGGUGUCAGUCUGACUGUCGUUGGUAUCAUUUAUAGUUCAUCGGAAUUAGUCACGUUUCUCACAUCGCCAGUAUUUGGACAUAUGUUAUCCAAGUACAAUCCACGUCCUUUCUACAUUGCCGGACUAUGUCUAUUUGGUGCCUGUGAUAUAAUAUUCGGAUGCCUAGACAAAUUACCGCCAGGGACGCCAUUUAUUGUCGCUUGUUUCAUCGUGAGGAGUGUAGAAGCAUUAGGAACGUCAGCCGUUAUGACCGCAAGCUUUACAAUUGCAGGGUUUUGUUUUCCAGAAAGAGUCGCCACAGUAUUCAGCGUGUUAAGGACUGCAGUUGGAAUUGCGUUAAUGAUUGGGCCAGCAUUAGGAGGUGCUUUAUAUCAGUUAGGUGGGUAUGGACUCCCCUUUUGGGUACUCGGGAGCUGCACGUUUGUCUGUGGAGGCGCCUCCUGUCUUCUACUUCCUCACCAAGAAGCAAAACUUGUUCCUUCCAAACAGAGCCUGUCUGGUGUCGGGUUCUUUAGAAGUACAUUGGUGUGGUUUGGAAUCCUCUCGAUCUUCUCUUCUCAAUUUGGCAUAUGCUCCCUGUUCCCGUUCUAUGCCCAGCACUUGCUACAGUUUAAUCUAAACCAAGGUAUCAUUGGGGUCAUCUUCAUGGCAGCACCAACCGCCUACACAGUUGCCGUGCCUCUAUGGGGACAUCUCCUUGAUCGCAACGUGCCAGCCGUCCCAUCUUUGUGCAUGGGAAUGUGUUGUCUAUCCAUCAGCUACUUAUUUUUUGGACCGGCUCCAUUUUUGCGUUUUGUUCCCACCGUGUUGUGGCUGACAAUACUGAUGUCAGCCUUCAUAGGAUUUUUCUUUGCCCCAGUCACUGUCAGUUCCGUGAAGAACAUAUUCCAGGAGGCCAGAAAUAUGGGACUUGAGGAUGAUGGAGCUUUAUUUGGGCCUCUGGCUGGCGUUAUUCAAUCUGCUACUUAUUUUGGAAAUUUCACCGGACCAUUAGCAGGUGGAAUACUGGUUCAACAUUACGGAUUUCCAUGGACGAUGACAGCAUGUUCCAUUUUCAUUAUGAUCACUUUCCUGGCUUUCGUGCCAUUCUUGUUGAUCGGAUUAUGGAACAAAAGCAAACUGAAGAACGUAAUCAUGAAAAAUUAUUUAGAAUUGAACUGAUUUUACGGUUAUGAGAGCAUAAACAUGUGAAUUUCACAAUUGAAGAGAUGCGACUGAAGAUCGACAUCAGAAUCAAAUGUAAACACUGAAGAUACUGCUGAA